AAAAAGCUUGGAAAACUUUCAACAGCUGAACGCUGCCGUCAUCUGUGGAUUCUCAACGUUCAAUAGCGUGUAGAUUGACUGAAAAUGUUGGGACUACAACGUUUUGCCGGCAGUAUUGUCACCCAGUUGUACCGCCGGGCGGCCUACAGCAGCAAUGUGCGGGCGGCUGGUGUACCACUGACCCCCAUAGGAGGUGAAUCCGAGGUAGUGCAGCCAGACGCACGCACGCCGGCUGCAGAGGCGGUGACCAAGAAACCCAAGGGUACCAUGGUUGCCGCCGCCUUCGAAUCGCUGAAGAACGACAGCCCGAAAGAUGAAAGCAAAAACCUGGCCUCCAGCAAAAUAGAUGAGCGGAUCAUCAAUGCCAAGACAGUCAAUGGACUGCUGGCCAUCACGGAGAACAACAAUGCCUUCUCUAGAAAGCAUGCCCUUAAGAUUGUCUCCAUCCUGGCCGACUGGAGCACAAUAAACCGAGUGAAGAUUUCUGAGUUUGAAAGUGACACCAGAUUUUUGCGGAUUUGCCGGAUGUUGGGUCGAACUAUUCCGAAAAGUAAUGGUGGCAAAAGACUAAUCGAGAGCAAUGGCACUAGCAAGCGAAUAUCCGGCUUUAGAACGGAUGAUCUAAACACCGUGCUGGGUGUAGCUGGUGAUGAUGAGGCGGCUAAGCUUAUUGCUAGCAUCAGUCUGCCCCAAAUGGUGAAGGUUAUGAGCACGCUGGCGCAGCGAAAGAGACGCAGUACUCCCCUUUUGCGCUCCCUGGCUUUUAACAUUAGCAGCGCCUCUGACGCUCUGGAUCUAAAGCAGUCUGCGGAUGUGCUCUUUGCCAUGUCUACGCUGAAUUUCCAGGAUUCUGUGCUGGGUGCUAAAGUGUGUGCAGAUGUCCAAGCGGCACUGCCGAAAAAUGUAGAGAAGUCCGCCGUUGUAGGAUCCAUCAUCACCAGUUUGGGCAUUUUGCGCUACCGGGAUUUGGAUAUAUUGGAAUCGCUGACGCAGUGGCUCUUAAAAAACAGUGAAAUCUGCCGUCCUACAGAUCUCAGCGCAUAUUUCCUCACAUCGGCCCUGCUGAACUUCAAGAGCGCCCAGCUGGAGGAAGUGAGCAAUAAACUGGCGAAAUCCAUUGUUCGCGAGGAUUUCACCAAGCAAUCUGAAUGGCUGAACUUUGUAUGGUCACUCACAAUGUUGGGACUAGUAGAACAGAGCCACUUGUCUUCAGUUUUAAGUGCGGACUUUCUAGAAAAAUUGCAAAAGGACAAGACUGGCAUCACAGCAACAUCAAAAAUGAGGCUACUCAACCUGAAUAGCUAUGCCCAGUUACUAGCCACAGAUUACAAGGGUCCAGUGCUGGCCGCUGACAGUCCUGCAUACCAAGUGCCUAUGGCGCAUCCAAAAGCAAAGCAAGUCCUUAUAAAUGGCAUGCUGGAUGCACUUAAGAGUCUGCUUCCGGCGGGCAAUCAUUUCCAGAGCGCGGUGGACAGUAAAAUGGGCUUCCUCAUAGAUGCUUUGUGCUACUUCGAUGCUAACAAAAACUCCCUGCCUUUGGACAAGGAAAACCCCAACGCCAUUAGGGUGGCGCUAAUGGUCAUCGAUUUCCAUGACAUUUGCCACGGAACGCAUCGCAGUGCCAGCGGCAUUACGAAUCUGACAUUUGACCUGCUGGAAAAGAGUGGUUACCAUGUUAUCCCCGUGCCCUAUAAUGAGUUUAAUACCAGUGACAAACUACUGAAGCGCGUUCAGUACUUGGAGUCAAAGUUCAAGGCGAUUGCAAGUAGCAAAUAAUUGCAAUUGUAGUUUAUUUAAUUUUCCUUGUAAUGAUUGAUCAAUAUUUGAAUUGUUUAAAUUUUGUAAAUGUUAAAUUAGGCGCUGAAUUACAAGCUAAACCCAAAAA